AAGUACCUCUUAUUGUCCUGCCUCAGCAGAAAGUAUUGGUGAAAUCUCUGGACCUCCCAGGAAAUUGGAGGAGUAAAGUCCGGGUGCAGAAGGAAUAAAUCAGAGCAUCCAGAUUUGGGACUGAAGAAGCCAAGUGCCUCCCCCCUAAGAGGAUUUCUUCCCCAAACAGACAGAUUUCUGCUACAGGCUACUGUUGAAAUGGCCUCAGAUAUCAACAUGCCAAGCCCAGUAUGCCUAAUCGAGAACUCUAAACGGCAAUUGGUACCCAACGAAGAAGCGCUGAAGAUACUGUCCACUAUCGAUCAGCCUAUGGUGGUGGUAGCAAUAGUGGGCUUCUAUCGCACAGGAAAAUCCUACCUGAUGAACAAGCUGGCUGGAAAGCAGAAGGGCUUCUCUCUGGGCUCCACUGUGCAGUCUCAUACCAAGGGCAUCUGGAUGUGGUGUGUCCCUCAUCCCCAGAAGCCAGGCCACACCCUAGUUCUGCUUGACACUGAAGGCCUGGAAGACGUACAGAAG